ACUGCUCCACACACACCCACACGCCGACACACACAGCACACAGAAGACCGAGGGAGCUUAGUCAGCACGUUCCCCUCUCUCUCUCUCUCACACACACACACACACACACACAUGCAUAUGCCUAUGGAGCUCUGGCAUUCCUAGAGACUCUUUCUAUCUCUCUAUCCCUCUCACUCUCUGUUUCUCCCCCUUUUCUUUACCUUUAGCUGUGUUUUCUCCCUCCCUCUCUCACUCCCCCCACCCCGCUGUCCUUCCCUGGUUCCCAGUUUGCUCUGCCUGUGGCUGCCACUUGUCUGAGGGACUUUGGAGAGGACAGAAGCGAGGAGGUGCGGGACAGGUCAGGAUGCUCUGGACUCUGCAGAUGUUUGGACGACAGGUUUCCCUCAGAAGGGACUGAAGACAAGACCAAACCACAGGAGGCACCGAGGAUCUUUAACACGCAGAUCAUCCUGUUUUCAAUCAUCUUUAGUUCUCAAUCGGACUUCAUUUUUGCCUGUGCUUUCUCUGCGGGUGCUAUUUCUGCAGCCUCUUGGUGGGGAAAAUGAGGUUGUCUCAAGCUGCUUUGCAGCCCUUCAUUCUGGGGGUUCUGCUAUCACUUGUGGACACCAAAGGAACCUUCUAUGGGACAGGCCUUGGUAACCCGUUCUAUGGAGGCCAUGGCAACAGAUACAACCUGUACAAGUCUGGACACUCCACCCUGGGGAAGCAUAUGACCCGCCACAAAAAUCACUGUGCGUAUGUGGUCCAGAAGAACAUCACAUGCACCAUGCAGGACGGCAUGGCCACCUAUGUCAAGGCGGAGUACACCACCAAGUGCAUCUGGGGGCAGAAGUGUCCUGUCGUCAUGUACCGGAGCUUCUACAAGCCUAAGUACAAGGUGGGCCAUAAGACCAUUACGGAGCUGGAAUGGAGGUGUUGUCCGGGGUACUCUGGAGAGAACUGUUACGACGGGCCCACCUCCAUGCCAGAUACACCUCUGUUCAAAGGGGGUGCCCCCUACCGGCCUGGGAUGAAAGGGUACCCCCACGGCCAACCCAGACCCCCCCUGGACCACAAACCUGUCCCCGGUGGAGCUAAUCUGGAGCCAGGGAGGCCUUUCCCAAGUCAGCCUGAUAGCAGACCCAUUCCCUCUGGACAUCUGCCCAUUGGGAAUGUCAAGCCUAACUAUGGUAAUAAAGUUGGUGUCAGCGGCGAGCGUCUGGACCAAAUGGAGGAGGACCUGCGCCGUCUGGCCCAGGGCCUGGACACUCUGAACGGGAUGGUGGUGGGACUAGAGGAGCGUCUGCGCCUCUCGCUCCGGGAGGACACGAACAGGAUGCUGGUGUCAUUGCUCUCCACGGCGCCCCGUCGCUCCGACUCCUCCAUUGGCUUCGGGGUGAUCCCAGACGGGGCCCCGGAUGGACUGGAUGAGGGAGAAGACUUCCCUGGAUUUGGGGAUCUGGCUGGGAAGGUGACAGAGGUGAAGGAUGAGCUCAGAGCCAAGGGACACAUGCUGGAGGAGAUACAGGGCAUGGUCCUGGGCCAUGACGGGCAGCUGAAGAGGCUGUUUGAGGCCGUGACCGGCAGGCCUGUCACCGGGACAGGCUCCCCUUCUGUCCUGGAGGAGCUGCUGGAUGCUAAGCUGGCCGAUGUCCGUGCUGACAUCCUGGAUGGCUUCGAGAGACGUUUGUCAGUCCUGGAGAACCACUGUGAUGAGAGGAUCGGAGAGGUCCAAAGACAGUGUCACAACGAGCACAUGAAUGGCCAGGAGCAGAUCCAGCAAUCGCUGGACGGCAGAGAAACCGGAUUGAGAGAGGAGCUUGGGACUCUUCAAGCCCAGAUACAGGGUCUUACCCUCACUGAAAGCUGCUGCGGACAGGUGAACAGCCUGUCUCAGAGAGUGUUGAUGUUGGAGGAAUCGGUGAAGGGAUUGACGGAGUCUCAACGCCAGCUCCAGGCAGCACUCACCGAGCAGACCAUCCACCUGGAGACCCUGAUAGAGGGCCGUCUUGAGUACGUGGAUGCCCGGCUCAACAGCACCGAGUCCGGGGACGUGGGUUUUGGUGUGGUGCCUGGGGGCCUGGACGGCUUCAAGAUCCUGCUGGAGGACAAGCUGAGGACCCUGGAGGAGAGGGUCUUUGUGGCCGUGGAGGAGCUGAGCAACGCCACUGCCCCCGCUCUGCUGGAGGGUCACGUGGUGCCCGCUCUAGAGAACGAGAUCGAGUCGGUCAGAAGGAGGGUGGAGGGAGACCUGGAUGGCAUCCAGAAACAACUCACAGACCUGGAGCUCCUCUGCACAUCCUCCUGCUCACCCGCCACACCUCCUGGAGGAGGCAUGGGGACAGGCCUGGAGGAGGACUGCGGGGAGGUGGAGAAGAAUUUGUCGGGUCGUGUGGACUCCCACACUGACCGGCUGGACCGUCUCAACGCCACCUUGCUGACACUGCUGAGCCGUCUUGACCAGGAGGAUGAAGAAGGCUCCGUCCAGGGAGAGAUCACCCUCCUGAAGAUCAACGUCCACUCUGUGAACCGCACCCUGAAGGGCCUGAGGGACUCCGUCAGCCUGUUUACCAAGGAGGUUGGCAACGCUAACGCCACGUGGACACAGAGAGAGAACCAGCUAGUCAACCAGGUCCAGGGCAUCACCCAGCUGGUAGGGCAACAGGCCUCUCUCCUAGGGGCCGGGGAGCGACGAUUAGCCCAGCUGAAGGGGGAGCUGGUUAGCCUGAGGAGGAGGCUGGCUGGAGAGCUGCAGGGCUGCCGGAGCACAGCCUUGGGGGUGCAGAGGGAGGUGAAGGAGGUGGAUAGUCGUGUUACCCACGUGGAGGGACAGUGUGGCAGCCUGGGGGAGCUGGCAGAACACCUGGAGAGGAUCAGGGCAGAGUUGGAGACGCACUCAGACUCGUACCUGUCACAGGUCAACGGAACCUUGGCCAGUCACUCUACCCAGCUGGCCGAGCUCAAGGGAGAAAUCAAAGACUGUGUCGGAAAAGGCUCAGCCAAUCAGAGAGGAGACCAGUAGCAGUCAAGCUACAGCUAUUUUUAGACGUGUGUAUAAAGAUUCCUAUUCUCGUGAUUGCCUGCAUAGGCUCUGACGUCAAUUGUGAGAAAAAGUUCUGAGCAGGAUUUCACCAAAUGUCUUUCGCCUCUCCUGCGUCUAUGAAGGAGAAAGAAAUGAGGAGAACAUUUCCUUUCAAGCUAUCAAAGGCACCCUUGGUUGUAUAGUUGGGCAAUAUUUUCCCUCAAGUUUUUGGUUCAAAAGGGGCAUUUUUUCUGAUAAUUCUGUUGUUUUCACAUUUUAUAUUGACUUUAUUAACUGACUUUAACUUAUAUGACGAAAAGAUGACUGCAAUGUUAGACUAUGUAUUAGAGAAUUUUGUAUGAAACCAAUAACAAAAACAAAGCGAAUGAAUUUGGACUAAUAAGAUGCUACGGGUUUCUACUGGCAAACACUCUCUUUGUGGACUGUUUCUUUAAUUUUACUGUAUGUCAACAUAAAAGGUGCUAUACUUCUUGUAAACGUUUUGUUUGUUUGUAAAAAAAAACAAAAAAAAAAAAACUGUAUUUAUCCUUAAAGUGUUGUAUUCUUCUCUUGUUAAUCACAAUAUUGGAAUCUUCCGGCUUAGCUCAGUAUGUUUUGGUGUUUAGUAGCCAGUUCACAGAUUCAUUUUGCUUUUGUCAUCUCCAUUGCUCAAUGGGCUUAAAAAUCACAGGGUGCUCCCAUAGUAUCAAAACCAGAGUGGCAAAAAUACAAAACCUACUGUUGCAGUUCAAAGAAUAACCAGCAGGAUGCAUCAAAUGCUUUUCCUCCUCCAGUGACUCAUCUACAGAUACUGCCUAUAUAGUCCAGUCAGUCAGUCCAGACACCCAGUCAAUCGAUACAGUGCAAGUGUUUGGACAGUGACAGAAGUUGUGUUGUUUUGGCUCUGUACC